AUGCCACCAGUUGUGGAGACAUGCCACCAGUGUGGAGCUUAUUAUACCAACAGUAUAGGGCCAUAUGCCACCAGAGUGGAGACAUGCCACCAGUGUGGAGCUUAUUAUACCAACAGUAUAGGGCCAUAUGCCACCAGAGUGGAGACAUUGCCACCAGUGUGGAGCUUAUUUGUACCAACAGUAUUAUCACUUGGAGCCGAUGUUCUUCCAGAAUACAAGCUUCAGUCGCCACGGAUACACAAAUGUACAAUACUACACUACUCCCCGUUCAAAGCGGUGUGGGACUGGAUAAUUCUCCUAUUAGUGAUAUACACGGCUAUAUUUACCCCGUACAUGGCAGCUUUCCUGCUGAACGAAAAUCAUCGAGACAGGAACAAAAACAGAUACAAGGACCCGUUAACAAUCACAGAUCUUUUAACAACCACUUUGAUUGGACUGUUAAAAACAGCAAGAUUGUUACGGUUGGUGAGGGUUGCUAGGAAACUUGACAGAUACUCUGAAUAUGGGGCAGCCAUGUUGCUGUUGCUAAUGGCAACCUUUGCUCUCAUUGCUCAUUGGUUGGCAUGUAUAUGGUACGCUAUAGGCAAUUACGAAAGACCUCAUUUAUCUCCUCCAAAGAUUGGCUGGCUUGACGAGUUAGCCAGACAGACAGACCAGUCGUAUAUAAACGAUACAUACGGUGGACCGACAAUGAAGUCAAAAUACGUAACGGCACUCUAUUUUACGUUUAGUAGUUUAACAAGUGUGGGGUUCGGAAAUGUGUCACCUAAUACUAACUCGGAAAAGAUCUUCAGUAUACUGAUCAUGCUGAUUGGAUCUCUGAUGUACGCCAGUAUCUUUGGUAACGUUAGUGCAAUAAUACAGCGCCUUUACUCCGGGACGUCUCGGUAUCACACACAGAUGUUACGUAUUAAAGAAUUUAUACGUUUUCAUCAGAUUCCAAACCCUCUACGACAGAGAUUAGAGGAGUACUUCCAGCAUGCGUGGUCGUAUACCAACGGCAUCGAUAUGAAUAUGGUAUUAAAGAGUUUUCCAGAAUGUUUGCAGGCAGAUAUAUGUUUUCAUUUAAAUAGAACUUUACUCAGUAAUUGUUCAGCAUUCAGAGGAGCAAGUCCUGGGUGUUUAAGAGCUUUGUCAAUGAAGUUCAAAACGACCCAUGUCCCACCUGGGGACACAUUGGUACAUAGGGGGGAUAUCCUGACAGCAUUGUACUUUGUUUCCCGAGGUUCCAUAGAGAUACUCAAAGAUGAUAUAGUUGUAGCUAUACUAGCGGGACAAGAAGAUGAUACUAAAGGGAAGGAUGACGUGUUUGGAGAGAAUAUAUGUAAAUAUGACACGGUGGGUAAAUCAAGCUGUAAUGUCCGAGCACUGACAUAUUGUGAUCUUCACAAGAUACACAGAGAUGAUCUCCUCGAGAUACUUGAUAUGUAUCCCGAAUUUGCUGAACAGUUUGUGAAAAACCUUGAAGUCACCUUUGACCUUAGAGAUAAAACCUUGGCGGGCGAUGAUGAGGGGCACUUGUCGUCAUUCUGGAUAGGACGUGGAACUGAUGAAGAAGAAGCUGAGCCAAAACCUCGUAAUCUACGAAAACGUAGGGCUAAAACAAAGUCCAAUAUUGAACCUGCAGAUGAUGAAAAUGAGAACUAUCAUUUCCGGCCAAGACGUGUUCGUAGAAUGCGUCGAAGUGUCGAGCCUGGUCCGACAGUUUCAAUGUCAUUUGAGGACACAUCCGACGAGGAUUUGCGGCAGAGUGGCGUAGGAAUACUAGAAUUCUCUCCCUUGAAAGCCGGUAUGGAUGUAACUCCGGCUAAUCUCGAUUUUGGUCCCGUACAUCAUCACCACCAUCAUCAUCAUCACGGCUCGAACGAAAAUGAGAGGAAAAGAUCGACCGGGUUCUCUACAAUCACUGGUGCUUUAACAAGUGUUAAUCAACUUGUUAAUUUCUCAAGUUGUCGAGAUCCAAAUAAGGACACAGAUAAAGCCCCACUGUUACAGGAAUCUGUCACACCAGAAAUACAGCCAAAAGCUACAUCAAGUUCAAGUGUUCCAAAAUCCACGUCCAGCAUGACAUUGCCCCUAUCAACUCCCUCCAGUCAUUCCCAGUUUGAAGAUGGUGUUGUUGGAGCUCGCGUCUCGGUCCACUCAACAGAGGGUGACCACCAGGCACAAGGUUCCGGGGAUGUAGAGAAGAGAAUAGAAAUGAUGUCUAGGCAGCUGACAAGAUUAGAACAGAAGCUGAGUUCAGAUAUAACUAUGAUACUGUCUAUACUUCAACAUCAAGCUCAAUCUAACACACAAGUUGAGGAGGCAGGCCACAAGGGCGAGGCCUUACAGGGGGCGGGGUCUGAGGGCAGACCUUACUCCUACACACAGUGUAUCGAUGAAGAAGACGAGGAUUGUUGUGAUAAUUCACCCCUAGUUCAGGUAAAACCUGGCAAUGAGGGAGACAUGAGUUGUGACUCACCAUGGCAACGUAGAUCAGGUGACACCACCCCAUCUCUUGUUCCCGCCUCCACAGGGGGCAGUGCACCAUUCAGCAGCCAAUCAACAACGCCAUUCCUUAAUCUCAGCCAGUCAGAUUCCUUUUCACAAAUUGACUCCAGGUCUCCUUACAUUGACCAAUCAGAGCAAGUGAAACAAAUUAAUGUUAGCCCUUCUGAAACUCCUUUAUGUGAAGAUGACACUCAGCUAACAACGGUGUCUGAAGAUCCAACUUGUGAUGACUUUCCGCAGAGUAUAGCCUGCGAUCCUCUGUCAGAGAAAUUUUGACUUGUCUUGUGAUCACGAAAGUGAGUCGAAUGAUCCAAUCGUGACACAAGAUCUUCUCGAGGACGAGGACGUUAACUACGAUUCAGAUGACGGAUUGUUAUGUAACGAACAAAAGGAGCCUCAGUCCCAGACUAUACAGUCACAUGGUGUAUCACAUGACCAGAGACAUAGGUCACAUGACCAAUCAAGUGAUGACAGACUAUUGUCACAUGAUGAAACUGACCAAUCAGCAAACAUAUCUGUAGAAAUAGAAGGAGAAAACAUUCAUAGAACAAAAAACACGACAGUAUAGCAGUGUUGAAAUAAAAGUAGUUUAUUAAAACAGCACUAGAAUCAUGAAAUCAACACAUCAUCAGGUCUAUACUUGUUAUAAAUGUGAUCUUAGUGUGAAAUCUGUGCUCAUUAGAAAGGGAAGGCUCCCGUUUAACUGUUAAAAGUCGUGGAGUUGUAAGUUGUCCGAAACUUCCAGUCUGGCAUCAGUGUAGAAUAUAUUCAUCUUAGUUGUCAUAGAGAUCUUCAAUCCAUUUAACAUUCCCAGAUAUAUAUAAAGUAGUUAAUGUAGAGAAAAAAAGAAGUAAUUGUUAUAAUGAUUAAAAAACACAGUGACAAUGUUUUAUUUUCACCAUGAAUUUAGUUUACUUGAAGGAAAUGUUGCAUGCAUAAUCUAUAUAACUAUUAGCUCACUGAAUAUCUUAUGUCAAGGUCAUUUAAAGGAGCUCCACUGAGGUCAAAAAGACUAAAAACAUAACAUUCAAAAGUCUGACAUAGGUCAAGUGAAACACUUAAAAUGGAAAAAAAUUGUGAAGAAUAAGGAAGAAAUAUACUCAGAAUUAAAUUGAAUAUUUAUUUUUUUUGUGAAAUAUUUAGCCUGCUUUAAGUGAAAAGCACUGUUCACAUUAUGCUUUUCAUUUUUGGGUCAUUUUGCAUAAUAUAAAUUAUUAUUCUGAUGGAAGAAUGAUCUAAAAGUCUGCCAACAACAUAUUGGUCCAGACCUACAUCAAAUGUACACAAAUCUCGGAAAAAUAUUUCCAGUCCCAUCAUGUGUGAAAAAAUGUCAGUGGAGUCUACUUUAAUCAGUAGCCUGGUAAAUUUAAAUUACAUACAGACAAAUAUUUAAACUAAUUUGAUUUGUCCUUGUUCACAUUUAAGUAACAAAAUAUUACUUUGAUUAACAAAAUAUGAAAUAAUGUUAGAAUAAUGUAAUGAUGAAUUAAUUUAGAAAAAAAAAUGUUAUUGAAGUAAUUUUGUAUUUAUUCAAUUUUUGUUAAGUUUUGAUAUUUUAAUAGGAAAUGAUGUUAGUUAAUUGAUAUAAGAUUUUGUAUUUGAUUAUUGUGCACAAUUUCAGCAUUAUAGUUUAAUUUUCACAAACAAUUUGCAGCAUUAUUUUAGUCAUGUGACUAUACCGUGUGACUUUUUGUGAUCUGCAUGAAGCAGAAUAUCAAUACAAAAGACGGUCAAGAUUUUAUUUUCUGCCUUAACUUUUUCAAUCAGGGACUGUUUUUAGGGCAAAGUCAGGUAAAAAAAUUCGCCGAAAAUAUUUCCACUUCACCCUGUUUAACC